AUGCUUCCUUUAAGACUAGCAACAGUUGCCCGUUCCGAAGGCAGUCCAAGUACUUCUACACAAAAUAAAUUAGGACUCCAAUCCAACAUCAUUCCAUCCAUUGAACAACCUUCUACUUUCAAAACUGUAGCUACUGAAGCGGACAUUUUUGACUCUGAGGACUCUUUAAGAGAACCAAAUUAUUCCCCAAGCGAUGAGUCGGAUGUUUUAUCUGAUAAUUUGACUGUGGCAGAAAUACGAAAGCGGAGAAAAAACGCAAGGCAAACUAUGAAUGCUUUGAUGCAACCUGAAGUGGACUGCACGAGGACUGGAAAUGUUCGACGCAGUUGUGAACAAUGCAAAAGAAAGUGCCAUUUGCAUUUCUCGGAAAAUCGUCGGGAGUUAAUAAACCAGGCAUAUUGGUCAAUGACUUGGCAGGAACGUCAAAUUUUUCUUACUUCAAAAUUUCCACAGUGGAUGUGA